UGCCUCUAACACUGUAACUGUCAUCAAUUUGUCGUGUUGUCACCUCAAAUAUUUCUGGGAUAUUUUGUGCACCAGCAUCAUUUAAAAAUACUAGAUCAUAAAGUCAAUCAGAUAAAGGUCAUCCUAUUGCCUUCGGUCACCAUUUGCAUCUUCAGGAAUAAAAAGAACUCUCCAUUUUUGUAAUGAUUGAAUACAAAGUUGUGAUAGUUGGAAAUGGAGGCGUUGGAAAGACAGCAAUCACCAUUCAAAUGGUCCGAAACUUGUUUGAAGAAGAGUACGAUCCAACUAUUGAAGAUACUUACAAGAAGCAAGUAGUAGUGGAUGAUGAGAUGUGUUUGUUGGACAUCUUGGACACAGCUGGUCAGGAAGAUUUUGUUUCUAUGGGAGAUCAAUAUUUUAGGACAGGAGAAGGAUUUGUCAUAGUAUUUGCUAUAGAUUCAGCAACAAGUUUCGAUGAAGUCAAACGUUACCUCUCAACCAUAAGAAGAGUAAAAGAUUCAGAUAAAGUGCCUAUAGUCUUAGUUGGAAAUAAGUGCGAUCUUCAACAAUGUUGGGAAGUCGAUAUGACACACGCUAAAGAAGUCGCACAGGAGUAUGGUAUUCCUUUCAUUCAGACAUCAGCUAAAACUAGAAUGGGAAUCGAUAAUACUUUUAAAUCAUUAGUCAGAGAAAUGAGAAAUCAAGUAGGAAAGACAAAAUGUAAUAAUGCCAAUGUUAUAGGACGUAAAAGAAAACGAUGUUGUAUUCUGUAAAUGUUUAACGAUUUGAUAUUUUCUUACGUAGUUUGUAUACUUCAUGUGCAAGAAUAUGUUUAUGUACUAAUAUAUUUGGACAGUCCAGUGACCACAUGAUGUGUUCCAAAUUUUGUCACAAUACUGUUAAGCCUGAGUUUUUAAAAUUUUUAAUGUUUUUUAUUUUUUU